AUGUAAUAAUGUUUAUAUUAGAAUGAAUUUGAUGCUGAAGAUGUGAGUCCUUGGCAAGAAUUUAAUUUAUCCCCUCAGCCUAUCCUCUACAAGUAGAAUCAAUAAUAGAGAAGUUCAACCAUUUAUUCUGGCAAGGAUGACUAACAGAAAAUUAACAAUACCAAAACAGCUUUUUCCAAAUUAAUUAAACAUACAGCAACCACCACAACGACAACUGAAUUUCCUAUAAGAUGUUUAAGGAAUAGAGUUAGGAGUAUAGAUUAGACAUAGAAAUAGUUUCUGAAAGCAACUCCCGUAAAAUAAUAUUGUGACUUUAAACUGUCAAAAGAGAUGUUGAUGUAUAGAAAUACUGCUGAUUUCCCCAAGCAAACUUUGCCUCGUAAUUUCUUAUCAUUCUAAAGACUAAAGAAAUCUUACAGCAGAAAAAAAACAAUUCACUCCCAAGAACUAAAUCCAUAAUUAUAAUAGCUUUAGAUGUAGAUGAAAAAAAUGGAAGAGUAAGUGCAAUAAUAAAAGAAAUCUUCAUGGGAAAUUGGUGCUCGAAGAUUGUCAAAUCCCAAAUUUUAAACAUUUUUAAGUACUUAAGUUUGA